AUGUCCGAUAAGAUUACCGAAAAACUUAAGGCGUUUUCCAAUAAGGUUAUGUCCAACGAACAUGACGACAAGACCAGCUCGUCGUCCCCAUCUGCAGUGGAGCCAGAAGUGGACCCUCUCCAGAGCACCGGAAACGACCAUCAUGCCCAUGAAGUAACAGAGGACCAGAAGGCUCAUGCCCCAGGCUCUCAUGUCCAGGAACAAGAGGGUAAGCCCCGUACCAAGUCGUUCCUGGAAAGUGACGGCAUCGACCAAUUGAAACCCACAACCCGCAAACAUCGUGUGUCGUCGAUCUCGCUAAGUGACCAAUGGCGCAUCAACCAGGAUUUGCAUCCAAUGACCGCCCUGGACAAUGGAACGCCAUCUUCCAGGUCUGUGUCGAGAAAAGCAUCCGUGGUAUCUCGCGGCAGCAUUUCGCGUCGUCCAUCCAACGCGGUGCGCUACCGCAAGCAAGUCAUCGACCACGAACGUGUUGCGUCCUAUGCGUUUGCAUUCGAUAUCGACGGUGUCAUUGUCCGCGGUCCAGAAACUAUUCCUGAAGCGAGAGAAGCCCUACGCAUGCUAAACGGUGAAAACAAGUACAACAUCAAAGUUCCCUACAUUUUCAUUACCAACGGUGGUGGCCGUUCCGAAAAGGCUCGUUGUAAAGACUUGUCAAAGAGACUAGGUAUCACUGUCACUGAGGACCAGGUCAUUCAAGGCCACACUCCAAUGAAGGAUUUGGUUCCUGCUUACAAAAACGUUUUAGUUGUUGGUGGUGUGCUAGACUCGUGCCGUAAAGUUGCGCAAGAAUAUGGUUUCGAUAACGUGUAUAUCCCAUUGGACGUUAUGAAAUGGAAUCCAAGUGUCACCCCUUACUAUCAGCUAUCAGACGAAGAAAAAGAAGUUGCCCGCGACGUGGACUUUUCCAAGAUUUCUAUUGACGCCAUUCUUGUUUUUGCAGACUCUAGAAACUGGGCUGCUGAUCAGCAAAUCAUCCUGGAGAUUUUGUUGUCAAAGAAUGGUGUUAUGGGCACUGUUGCACAUGAUCCUUCUGAAAACCACGUUGGUCUAUACUUUGCUCACUCGGACUUUGUUUGGGCCACCGACUACGGCUUGUCUCGUUACGGUAUGGGCGCUUUGCAAGUUUCCAUUGCCGCUUUGUACCAAGAACACACUGGUCGUGAAUUACAAGUCACCAGGUUUGGUAAACCUCAACGUGGUACUUUCAGAUUCGCCGAAAAGGUUCUGUCGAACUGGAGAAGAAAUACUCUCUCGGAACAUGUGGAAAACCUAAGUUUGGAAGAUGCGGAUGCAGAUGCCGACCUAUCUGAGUCAGAAGACGACGGAAAUGAGGCCGAAGGCGUCGUUUUGCAAAAAGACUCCAAACUCUCUCUAGAACUACCACCUGCUUCCACGGUCUACUUUGUGGGUGACACUCCCGAAUCUGAUAUCAGAUUUGCCAACUCCCAUGAUUCCUCUUGGUUCUCCAUUUUGGUUAAGACUGGUGUUUUCCAAGACAACAAAUUACCAAAAUACCAACCCAAACAGAUUUGUGACGACGUUCUCGAAGCAGUCAAGUUCGCCAUUGAAAGGGAACACCAGAAGGAGGUUGAGGAAUGGAAUGAAACUGCGGUUGAAGCUCCCGUGGUGGAAGAAAGUACCACUCAAGCCAGAAAACCAUAG